UGUCUGCAAAGAGGUUGGAGAGCAUUGAGGUCGAGGAAAGGGUGCGGGGAGACCUCCAUAUAUCUGGUGACCACUUUUUAUGAUACAAGCAUGAUUCCGAUCCGACGAGAGGACCUAACGUCUGAUUUUGCUAACCCACCAUUGUGUCCACCCGAUUGCAGCAUCGGACCUGUUGAAAGGAAGAAUCAAGAUUAUGUAAUAAUAAACUGACUUCGCCACAUCAUUUCAUCGCAUGCUCGCAUUGCUCAAAAUUUUUCCUAUCCCUCAACAGGCUAUCCCAAUGAGUCAAGCUGCAUUCCAUAUCUUCGGAAUCAGAGGUGCGGGAAGGACCCAAGUUCCAAAAAGAGGCGUGUACAGUAUUCAUUCCGGAAGCCAUCAAGGGCAUGGCAUUCAAAAUCAAGUCUCCGAUCCAGUUCGUUUUUUGUUUGGCUCACUAACAAACUCCAAUUGUGUUGGUCCGCAAAAGAAAUCGGCUGUGCUUCCUAUAAUCCGUGGACAAAGGCUAUGUUCGUUCACCAUGACAUGUCAACUACUUGGUCGGGACUAUCGUUGUGCGGAGAGUCUCAAUCUGGUAUGAGGGCAUACAGGGUGAUAAACUCUUAAAUACCAACCUGAAUCCGCUAUAUGGAAUCCACAACUAUCUUCCUCUGGUUCUGAGUUCCGACCUUCUUGUUCAAGAUGUCUUCUCUCUCAAAUGCUUCCUCUGAUCGCGACGAGAAGGACCUACCAGUAUUUACACCUAUGCCUUGGUCUCUUCAGGAAAUCCGAGAGGCCAUACCAUCGCGGCUCUUUGUGAGAGAUACUGCUCGUGGGCUGCGCUAUCUCUUCCGAGACGUUGUGCUCGCCUCCGUACUAUGGCAUUUGGCCUCGUACAUCGACCCUAUCUUCAAGAACCCCGCAGUUGUGCAGGUUCUCAGGCCUGUGGGGGCGGAACUCCUUCGAUGGUCCGCCUGGUCAGUCUACUGGUGGUUCCAAGGUCUUGUAUUCACUGGGUUAUGGGUUAUUGGCCACGAAUGCGGACACGGUGCCUUCUCUGACCACAGAUCUGUAAACGACACGCUCGGCUUCAUCCUCCAUACUGCUUUGUGGACCCCGUAUUUCAGCUGGAAAAUAUCUCAUCACCGUCAUCAUUGCAAUCAUGCUUCAAUGGAACGAGAUGAAGUUUAUGUCCCAAAGACUAGAAGUGACCUCGGGAUCCCUCACGAGCAUUCAAUUGACUGGGACGAACUCUUUGGGGAUACCCCCAUCUACACGCUUUUUAUGCUCAUUCGCCAGCAGCUACUCGCUUUCCCUGCGUACUUGCUUUGCAACGUCUCUGGGCAGAAAAACUAUCCGAAAUGGACAAAUCACUUUGAUCCGACCUCCAUCCUAUUCACCAAGGAACAGCGAAAUGUGGUAAUGAUGUCCAACAUCGGCAUCGCUGCUAUGAUCUAUUCCGUCUCUUUGGCCAGCUCUAUGUACGGCUUUUGGGAAGUUGUUAAAUUUUACGGUAUCCCUUGGCUCGCCGUUACGCAUUGGUUCAUCAUGAUCACUUAUCUACACCAUACGGAUCCUGCCUUACCCCAUUACCGUGGACAGGAAUGGAAUUAUCAACGUGGAGCCGCAGCUACUGUCGACAGAAACUUUUUGGGAUGGCAAGGUCGCUUCUUUUUGCACGACGUCGCCCAUUUCCAUGUCAUUCACCACUUCUUCCCCAAAAUGCCUUUCUACCAUGGAGAGGAAGCCACUCAACAUCUGAAGGCUUUCAUUGGGAAUCACUAUUCUUAUUCCGAGAAACCAGUGUUCGCAGCCCUCUGGGACAACUACAAUGAAUGCCAGUUCGUUGAGGAUAAAGGCAAUGUCCUGUUCUAUAGGAACAAAAAGGGCCAAGCUGUCCUUCGACCCGCCAAAGUUGAGAGCAAAGAACUCUGAAUAAAAGUCGCUCCCGCUGAGUUGCACUUCGGGACACCGUGACCCAGUGAGGUUGGUCAGUGAUUGUGUGCGGUUCGUAACUCAAUGUGAUGAGUCUCUUGAGACGGUUUCAGCAUUAUUACAAGGGUACAAAGGUACUACCUAUCUAAUUUAUCUAUCUCAUAAAUUAUCUAUCGAUUGGAACCGUUAGUAGUUGCAAAAUGUAUAUACAUAGCUGUGGCAUGGCUUGAUCUCGCCGACUUUGAAUCUCAGUACCUGACUGUA